AUGUCUCUCUCAGAUCUGUUAUACUUAUCUAUCUAUCUAUCUAUCUAUCUAUCUAUCUAUCUAUCUAAGUCUUUACAUUAUCUAUCUAAUUCUUUUCAUUAUCUAUCAAUCCAUCUAUCUAUCUAUAUAAGUCUCUUCCUUAUCUAUCUAUCUAUCCAUCUAUCCCCAUCCUUCCAUCUAUCUAUCUAUCUAUCUAUCUAUCUAUCUAUCUAUCUAUCUAUCUAUCUAUCUAUCUAUCUAUCUAAGUCUCUUCAUUAUCUAUCUAUCUAUCUAUCUAAGUGUUGUGAGACCUCUUUACAUUAUCUAUCUAAUUUUCAUUAUAUAUCUAUCUUCAUAAGUCUCUUCAUUAUCUAUCUAUCUAUCUAUCUAUCUAUCUAUCAUCUAUCUAUCUAUCUAUCUAUCUAUCUAUCUAUCUAUCUAUCUAAGUCUCUUCAUUAUCUAUCUAUCUAUCUAUCUAUCUAUCUAUCUAUCUAUCUAUCUAUCGAUCUAAGUCUCUUCAUUAUCUAUCUAUCUAUCUAUCUAUCUAUCUAUCUAUCUAUCUCUGUUUCUAUCUAUCUGUCUCUUCGUUAUCUAUCUAUCUAUCUAUCUAUCUAUCUAAGUCUCUUCAUUAGCUAUCUAUCUAUCUAUCUAUCUAUCUAUCUCUGUUUCUAUAAAUCUGUCUCUUCGUUAUCUAUCUAUCUAUCUAUCUAUCUAUCUAUCUAUCUAUCUAUCUUUAUCGUCCGAAAGCUAUUUGAUCUUUCAUCUGCUUCCAAUUUAAUUUCUGUGCGUUAUUUCUAA